CAAAGGCGGUGUGCUGCGAUGCUUGUAACAUCAAUCACAUCCAGUGCACGGGGCGCAUAUCGUCUUCCGUCUAUCAGCUAGAAAGUGCUCUCGCCUCGGGUGUGGGAUAUGUGCUUCUCCGCUCUAUUAUCCCGUAAAAAUCUGAUUCUCUCUUUGCAGGAGCUGUAUUACUGAGUGGCCGUACUGGACGUGCCAUCUAUUUCCCAUUCGCACCCAGCCUAAAGUUGGGACUUAAGACUUUCAGCACCACUUUUCCGUGGACAGCGCUCGCAAUGAUUUGGGGGGGAUCGUCACAGCAACCAAUGCGCGUGGGUUUCUUUUGGAUACUAUUCAGAAACAUUGUUUAGGUAUUGAUUUUUUUUUUUUUUAAAGCCAGGGUCGCUCAGGAAAUCCUCCCUUCGCAUAUUGAUAGAUCCAACAAUAUACGAUUUUGCUUUGGAUAUGGGUCACUUCUAAUGAAAGGAUUCUUCGUGGACAGGAGAUAGGGGAAUUCACUCUGAAGCCUGUGGACCUAAGCAGGCCUGGGGGCUCUGACAUAUACCAAAUCCCUGCCCAGGGGAACAGGGGAGAUUAAAAACUUCUGAUUAAGGUGGAGAGGAAAGAGACACAGAGGGAGGGGGGGGGGAGACGGAGAGAAAAAGCUUAUCGUUCACCUUUGUUCUUUCUGAUGCCCCAAGUGAAGGAUCUCCAUAGGCAAGUCUGUGAAUAACAACAGACACAGGAGCAGCUGCCCACCACUGUGGUCAGAUGAUGGAGUGAGGGAGUGAAAGAGGAGAAGAGAACAGGAUUACAUUGUGUGAAAUAGCCAAGCUCAUAUUCUACAUAAAUUGAAUGCUGGGGAGAGGGGAGAGACAUGAGAGGAAUCCUUUUUGGUGCCAACUGCUUCAAGAGGUAUUGCAAUUAACCCUCUGGCCAUCAUAAAAUAAUACCUGGCUUCUUUUGUUUUCUGAUUGCUGGGUUUGGUUGUACCGUGUGGGUCUGUGCUCGGGCCGCGGCCAUGUUUCAACCCCUGGCUUAUAGACCGGAUCCAACCAGCCGGAUUCUGGCGCUGCUGCUGCUUCUUCUUCUCUACAGCUCCCUCAAGGCCGCUCAGGCUGCCAAACCCAAAGGGCCGGGACACACACAUUUGAACUCCAUCCGCAUUGACGGGGAUAUUUCCCUAGGUGGGCUCUUUCCAGUACACGCUAGGGGCCACGAUGGCAAGCCAUGUGGGGAGCUGAAGAAGGAGAAGGGUAUACACCGACUGGAGGCCAUGCUCUUUGCCCUUGACCGCAUCAAUAAUGAUCAUAAUUUGCUGCCCAACAUCACGCUGGGGGCGCGUAUCCUGGACACCUGUUCCAGGGACACUCACGCCUUGGAGCAGUCGCUUACCUUUGUGCAGGCCCUGAUCGAGAAGGACGGGACAGACGUCAAAUGUCUGGGCGGGGGAGCACCAAUCAUCACCAAACCUGAGAGGGUGGUGGGCGUCAUUGGAGCCUCCUCCAGCUCCGUCUCCAUCAUGGUGGCCAACAUACUGCGCCUGUUCAAGAUCCCCCAGGUGAGCUACGCCUCCACUGCUCCAGAGCUCAGUGACAACACCCGCUAUGACUUCUUCUCACGUGUUGUGCCUCCAGACACCUACCAGGCUCAGGCCAUGGUGGACAUUGUCAAAUACAUGCACUGGAACUACGUCUCCACAGUGGCCUCAGAGGGGAACUACGGAGAAAGCGGCGUUGAUGCUUUCAUUCAGAAGUCUCGGGAGGAUGGGGGUGUUUGUAUCUCCCAGUCUGUCAAGAUUCCCCGGGAGCCCAAGCAGGGAGAGUUUGACAAGGUCAUCCGACGACUCAGAGAGAACCCAAAUGCAAGAGUUGUCAUACUUUUUGCCAGCGAAGACGAUAUCAGGCGGCUACUCCAUGCAGCCAAAAAGGCCAACCAGACAGGUCAUUUUAUCUGGGUGGGUUCGGACAGCUGGGGCUCAAAGAUCUCUCCGGUUGUGCACCAGGAGGAGAUGGCAGAGGGAGCAGUCACCAUCCUGCCCAAGCGGCAGUCCAUCAAAGGGUUUGAUCGUUACUUCAUCAGCCGAACUCUGGAAAACAACAGAAGGAAUAUCUGGUUUGCUGAGUUCUGGGAGAACAACUUCAGCUGCAAACUCAGCCGUCACGCCGUGAAGAAAGGGUCCGGGCUGAAAAAGUGCACAAAUCAGGAGCGGAUAGGAAAGGACUCAAACUAUGAGCAGGAAGGAAAAGUGCAGUUUGUUAUUGAUGCCGUCUAUGCAAUGGCUCAUGCCCUGCACAAUAUGCACCAGGAGCUCUGCCCGGGGAAGGUGGGCCUCUGUGCUAAAAUGGAUUCCAUCAAUGGCACUCAUCUGCUCAAGCACAUCCGCCGUCUAAACUUUGCAGGCAUAGCUGGAAACCCAGUUCUCUUCAAUGAAAAUGGAGAUGCUCCUGGACGCUAUGAGAUCUACCAAUACCAGAUCAGAAACCGAACAGCCGAAUACAAAAUCAUUGGCCACUGGACGGAUCAGCUCCAUCUCAACGUUCGUACGAUGCAGUGGCCCGGUGGCAACCGUAGGAUCCCUUCCUCAAUCUGCAGUCAUCCCUGUCAGGCCGGUGAGCGCAAGAAGAUUGUGAAGGGCAUCCCUUGCUGUUGGCACUGUGAGCGGUGUGAUGGCUAUCAGUACCAGGCAGACACCUACACGUGUAAGAUGUGUCGCUUUGAUUUGCGGCCCAACGUGAAUCACACGGGCUGCGUUCCAAUCCCAACUGUUAAGCUGGAGUGGAGCUCUCCGUGGGCAGUCAUUCCUGUGCUUAUUGCAGUCGUUGGCAUCAUGGCCACUGUGUUUGUGGUGGUCACCUUCGUCCGCUACAACGACACUCCCAUAGUGAAAGCAUCGGGCCGAGAGCUGAGCUAUGUGCUGCUAACUGGCAUCUUCCUCUGUUAUGCCACAACAUUCCUGAUGAUUUCGACCCCUGAUGUAGGAAUUUGCUCCCUCCGGAGGAUCUUCUUGGGUCUGGGCAUGAGCAUUAGUUAUGCCGCCCUGCUCACCAAAACCAAUCGUAUUUACCGCAUCUUUGAGCAGGGCAGCAUGUCUGUCAGUGCACCCAGGUUAAUUUCUCCAGCCUCCCAGCUGGUCAUCACGUUCUCCCUGGCCUCAGUGCAGCUGCUCGGGGUGUGCAUCUGGUUUGGCGUGGAUCCCUCCAAGGCCAUUAUUGACUAUGAGGACCAGAGGACGUCUGACCCGGUGAUGGCGCGUGGUGUGCUCAAGUGUGACAUCUCUGAUCUGUCUCUCAUCUGCCUGCUGGGAUACAGCAUGCUGCUCAUGGUCACCUGUACAGUCUAUGCCAUUAAAACCAGAGGAGUGCCGGAGACCUUCAAUGAGGCCAAACCCAUUGGUUUUACCAUGUACACCACCUGCAUUAUUUGGCUAGCAUUCAUCCCAAUCUUCUUUGGCACUUCACAGUCCACGGAAAAGAUGUACAUCCAAACAACCACGCUGACCAUCUCUGUGAGCCUGAGCGCCUCAGUGUCCCUUGGGUUGCUCUACAUGCCAAAGGUCUACGUGGUUCUUUUCCACCCCGAGCAGAAUGUGCCCAAGCGCACACGCAGCCUCAAGGCCGUGGUUACCGCCGCCACCAUGUCCAACAAAUUCAACCCCAAGGCCGGACUCAGACCCAACGGAGAAGCCAAGACUGAGCUGUGCGAAAGCCUCGAAACACAAAUAUUUUUUUGAAUUUAGUGGCUACACGUGAAAUCUGACAUCACAUGCUAAAAAGCAUUCCCAACAAAGCAAACCUACAUCAGCUACAGCAACCAUGCAAUCUAAGGGACAACGGUUGUUUUCAUAAUUCAGGAUUUUCCACCUAGACGGAGAAAAACAUGCAGUGGGGUUUCACACAGCCGGCAUAAAAAAAUGGAUGUGUCAUUGUACGGGUGGAGAUCACAGAAGCGUUGCCCAAAGAUGUGACUUGGUGAGGAGAGACCACAGGGAUGGACUAAACAGGGGACCAGAACAGAUAACAGUACAAUUGUAAGGUUCCAUCUUCUCUCUGCCUCACAAGAAUACACAAAAAAAGAAAAAUGAGAAAUACUUGCAUGGCAGAGGCCUGGAGACAGAUGGAUGGAGCUUUCCUUUUGAGUGUUUACAUUUCAGCUAUGCCCUCUUUCAAAGACUUGUCUGUCAUCUUGAGCAGUGCUGACUGAAACCGAACUUAAAUCAAGAAUAUGUUCAGGUGUUCUCAAUGUCGUAAUUGAUCUUAAACCCUCAAGGCAUCACAAGGGAUUAAUCAACACCAAAAAGGCAUGAAAUCAUGAUCCAUGGAUUUCUAUAGGGGGGAGGGUUGUGUUUGUUUUUAUUUCUAAAUGUAUUCUGGUGUCAUGAGUCAAAUUACUGGAAAUGGCGAUCAUCUCCCCAGUGCAACCAAUCUGUACCAGACUCCAUGCCGUUUGUCCCCCUCUUCCAGGUUUCCACUGAGUCAAUAAGAAGAACUACACUUAGAUGGUCUCUGCCAAUUUUGAGCAUGCCAGUUUCAACAUCCUGUGUUGUGUUGUUAAAAAAAAAAAAAAUCAAGAAAAGAAAAAAUAUUAUCUUUGGAAUGCGUUUAUACUCUGUUGCAGCGUUGUUAACACUUGUUUAGGCCCGGGCCUGUUGUACGUUAAAAAAA